GCAUCACUUAAUUAGCCAUGCAGUGUAGUGAAGGUCGGUGCAAUCAGGUAAUCACAGAGAGGCUGAGGAGGAUGCUCCUCAUCUAAUGCGAUUGUCAGUUGAGGGUUGUAAAGGGCUGAUGGCAGUCACUCUCUCUUAGACGGCUAAAAAUGGUGACGGAGGAGAUGACCGGAAACAUGAAACGACUUGACUGUCAUGACAUGAGUGAGGACUGUGUGCGGAUGGGCUGAGUGCCAGUCAGAGGGAGGUGGAGAGAUACUCAGCAUUGAUGAAGUGAAAGGUGGAUGCUAUAUAAUGCAGGGAGAUGCAAGCAGUGGAUCAACAGCCAGUCCACUUGUGCUGCAGCCUCCUAAAGAGAAGAGUCAAAGUCAGCCGGGGAAGAUAAACGGACAGAAGAACAGCUCAGGACAGAGGAGCUGCGGUGGUUUCUGAAAGCAAACAAACCAACAACCAACAAAGAGACAAACCUCUGUAUAGACACUCAGGUAUCCAGUAUGCGGGCUCUGGUGUUUCUGCCUCUGCUCCUGUGUGCAGUGGUGUGUGUGGACCAGGUGAGAGCAGAGGUGAAGGCAGUGAAGCUGUGCGGUCGAGAGUUCCUGAGGGCUGUCGUCUACACCUGCGGAGGCUCCCGUUGGAGGAGAUUCCUCACUGAGUCAGACAUGGACGGGGAACAGAACAGCUUGGAGAGCCUCAGCAGCAGCAGCCCGGGCUCUGAGCUCACCAGACGAGACAUUAACAACAUGCUGACCACCGUGUGCUGCCAGGUGGGCUGCAGGAAGAGCGACCUCACCUUCCUCUGCUGAGGAUGACCCCCCCUCUCUCUUUCUCUCUCAUUCUCCACGUGACCAAACUGACUGUUUUCUCCCAUCUUGCCUUACUAGAAACCAAAUCUGAAUCGCAACGCUGAUGUUUUUAAAACAAUGUGAUCACUGUAUUGUAUGUGCAAUAAUGCUCAUAUCCACAACUGCUGUUUUUCUAAUUGCUUUUGAUAUUUUUGUGGGUUUUGAUUUAUUACCUUAACUUGUGAGGACUGUAGACAUGAAUGUGGACCACUUGAGCAUCUGAGAACAUGUUUCUGAAAACCUGAGCUGGAAGACGUGUGCAACCAUAAAUAUGUAUAUAUUUAUGGUGUAAAUGAAUCUAUGAGAAUUAAGAAACAAAGAUAAGUUGAUGUAAAUGCACUCAGGGAUGGUAUUCAAAGGAGUAGGACUGUAUCACUCCCCACUCAGAUUCAGCCCGGGCUUGUGUCCCGUAUGUAGUGAGUCUCCACAAGGUUGCAGUUUUUGUAAAAUUUCCAUCAGUGCUUCGAUGUAUUUAUAGGAAACAUCAGCUGUAUUCUAUCAUUUUGCUAUUUUUGUCAAAUAAAUGUUC